AUGCCCAAGAAACAUCUUCCAAAGUUCCUAAAGCCGCAACCCAGUCUCCACACCUCUCACACAUCCUCCUCCUCAUCAUCCCAAAAUGUCUCCACCACCCCCGCCGCCAGAGACCAGAGCGUGAACGGCCUACUCGCACACCUCCGCACCUCCCAACCAAACCCAGACACCCCUAGACGCCAAAUCAGCACAAUCCCUUCGGUCCCCCCCUCCCUCCAACUCAUCCUCGCAAACGCCGAACCACCACCGCCCCCGCGCCCCCGCCCCCAAAUUGGCGUCCGAGGCCGCCGUAAUCGAAUUCCCGGCCCGCCGCCACCCGCCUCGUGGCUCGCCGCGCCCGAAGAGACAUCGAACGAAGAGGAGGCAGCAUUCCGCGCGGGCGCCGGCGUCGGCGGCGACAUAAACCGCCUCCCAGACUUACCGCAGAUUGGGCGCCACCGGCUGGCACAUGCUGCGCUGGUCGCGGUCGCAAGGAACUGGCGCUUUCACACAGUGUAUGAUCAGCACUACCUGUAUACGCUCCGCCCGGGGCUCAAGGCGCUGCUAUUGUCGUAUAUUGCCGCCCAUAACGCUGGCGCCCUUCAGGCCGAUGAUCUCCUCCUGCUGUUCCGUGACGGCGAUGACGAGGACUUUACACAUCUUGAUCUUUCGCGGGCGGUUGGGCCUAGUCUGACAUUUAAGGACCUGCGCAGCCCCCUUCAUGGUGGAAAACCAGGGGUCACGGCGGUGGAGGCGUCGUCGGUCAGCGACGACUGGGAUGCGGCGGCAGAUACGGCGGUGGUGGGCCGCACGCGGUUUGCAGCAGUGACACAUAUAUCACUUGCGUGGCCGGCGGCGUCGGAGGCGUCGUGGGCACGCCUAAUAACGUUUGUGGGGCAGUGUGUGCCGACGAUCACACAUCUGUCUCUUGCGGGGUGGGGGCAUCCCGGUGCUGCGGGAGUGCUGCGGCGGUUUGCGAGGUCGCUGCUAUGUCUAAAGUGGUUGGAUGUGUCGGAUUGUCCGGCGGGGAUCUAUGAUUCCCUGCGGGAGGAGGUUGAGUGGGACCGGGCGUGGAGAGGUGUGGAGACGGUGGUGUGUGUGCAAGCAGGGGAGGGCACGCCGCAAGGAAUCAGGGAGGAGAGGGGGUGGGCGGUGGCGGCAUUGCGGGAGCAUAUCAGAGGGGUGAGGGCGGAGGUGGGCGGGAGGUGGUGUAGUGUUGUCGAGUGA